AUGGCGGGAACUGUCCAGCUCCGGCAGCUGCUGCUGCCCCUCUCCCUGCUGGCCGCCUCCGCUUUGGCGCGCUACACCCCGGACUGGGAGAGCCUGGACGCGCGGCCGCUGCCCUCCUGGUUCGACGAGGCCAAGUUCGGCAUUUUCGUGCACUGGGGCGUGUACUCGGUGCCCUCCUGGGACGGCGCUGAAUGGUUCUGGUGGCGCUGGCGGGCGAAACAUAAUGCCAAGUACGAAGACUUCAUACGCCGGCACUUUGGGCCCGACGUCUCCUACGCCGAUCUCGCCACCUUGUUCGGAGCCAAGUUCUACGACCCCAAAGAGUGGGCUGAUAUCUUUGAGGCGUCGGGUGCCAGGUAUGUGGUCCUGACCACCAAACAUCAUGAUGGCUAUACAAAUUGGCCCAGUCCUCUAUCUUGGAACUGGAAUUCUAUGGAUGUGGGGUCCCACCGGGAUCUGGUGGGAGAAUUGGCACCUUUCCUUAGAGAAAAGAAUAUUCGUUAUGGACUGUACCACUCACUCCUGGAGUGGUUUCAUCCUUUCUAUUUGCUGGACAAGAAAAACAAUUUUACAACCCAAAAUUUUGUUGAUACCAAGGUCUUACCAGAGCUCCGUGAUCUUGUGAACAGGUACAAACCUGACCUGAUCUGGUCUGAUGGAGAAUGGGAAGCCCCAGACACUUACUGGAAUUCCACUGAGUUCCUCGCCUGGCUGUACAAUGACAGCCCUGUUAAGGAUAAAAUCGUGGUUAAUGAUCGAUGGGGCAAAGAUGAUCCAUGCAAACAUGGAGGAUACCUUACCUGUCAUGACCAUUACAAGCCAACCACUCUUCCAGAACGCAAGUGGGAGAUGUGCACCUCCCUUGAUACAAAUGCCUAGGCAUAUCGGAGAAAUAUGAAGAGCGAUGAAGUCAUGACUUUUGUGGAAAUCAUUUCGGAAUUAAUUGAAGUUGUGGCCUUUGGAGGCAACUAUCUCAUUAAUGUUGGGCCCACAAAAGAUGGAAUCAUUCCCCCCAUCUUUGAGGAAAGGCUCCGUUCUGUGGGAAGCUGGCUGAAGAUCAGUGGAGAGGGGAUCUAUGCUUCCAAACCAUGGAGGGUGCAAAUGAAUAAGAACACCACCACCGUAUGGUACACCACAAAGGAAUCUACUGUGUAUGCCUUCUUCACCUCAUGGCCAAAGUAUGGAGUGCUAUUUAUGGCCUCUCCUAUACCAACAGGUGACACAAAGGUGACAAUGUUGGGAGGUCCAAAUACCCUGCAAUGGUCAGGAGACAUAGGAGUUGAAGGCAUCUAUGUUUCCCUACCUCCAUUCUCUCCAAGCAUUGCAGAUAUGAAAAUCUGGACCCUCAGACUAGAGAACGUGAAAUGAAGCAUCAUGUUCCACUGACAAGAGGCUCCACAUCAAUGUCUCUGAUUCUUUGCCAUUUUGACUUUUUCUUCUAAGAUAU